CUUUGUAUUCCCACCACCCCAUCUUUUCCCUUCCCAGCAUUCAAAACCCCCAGCUGCUGCCUGCGCCAAGGGCUUUUCCAUCGCCUCCUCCUCACCAAACGUGCUUCCCUUUGGGGUUUUCUCAUUGGUCCCGUCGCCUGAUGUGAAGAUGGCGAGCAGUGCAUCCGAGAAGUGGGCUGUGGUGCAAUACGGACACCACGGUCCUGCAACCAAAGUCUACCGGUUUCAGAUCCUGUUGCCAAAUGGCACAAGCACCAGCCUCAAGCUGCGCGAUCCUGGAGAAGAGAUGCCGCUUUCUGAUUUCUUACAUUGUAUUCGGAAAGAGUUGGGCGAUGCCUCCGCAUAUGGUGGUCAAAGGCGGGGAAUUGAAUGGGAUGGCGAUGUUUAUCUAGAGGACCUGCUGGAUCGAAAGAUAGACAAGAAAGUGCAGUUUAGUGAUUUUGUCACUAAGGGUACCAACAUAUUAAGACUCCAGGAUGGUGAAGAAUUUGUCAGGACAUAUGAGAAUAUGUGGGACCUUACACCUCCGACUGAACUGCUUCAAGAGCUUCCGGCAGAAUAUAGCACUGAGAGUGCUCUUGCAGACCUUGUUGACAACUCAUUACAGGCUUUGUGGUCAAAUGGUAGCAAAGAAAUAAAGUUAAUCAGGAUAACUGUUGAUGGAGAAAAGAUUGUGGUUUUUGAUACUGGUAGGGGGAUGGACGGUUCAGAAGAUAAUUCUAUCUCUAAAUGGGGUACAAUGGGUUCUUCUAACCACAGAGUAUUUCGGAAACAAGGUAUCGGCGGGAAAGCGCCAUACUUACUGCCUUUCUUUGGCAUGUUUGGCUAUGGUGGAACUAUUGCAUCGAUGCAUCUUGGAAGAACUGCCGUAGUUUCUUCUAAAACUAAGGAAUCAAGGAAAGUGUUUACCUUGCAUCUUUCGAGGGAGGCUCUGUUGGAGAAGUCUUCAUCUAAACUCAGCUGGAAGACUGCUGGAGGAGUUAGAGAUCCAUCUGAAGAAGAGUUGGCACUGUCGCCACAUCGAAGUUUUACACAGGUGGAAAUCCACGGCUUGAAUAGGCACUUGGAGCCAGCUAAACUUCGAGGAUUUCUGAAGGACAUAUAUUUUCCAUAUAUACAGUAUGACGAGGAUAAUGGAUCUACGAGUACAAGGAGGCCAGUUCAAUUUGAGGUGAAUGGUGUAGAUUUAGCAGAAAUACAGGAAAGUGAAGUGACACUUACUAAUCUGCACUCUUCUAAUGGUCCUGAUUUCGAUCUGCAUCUAAAAUUUGCUUGUACUUCAACAAAUGGAGCUAGUCGCCAAGCACAUGCUCGGAUCAAGUGUGUAUACUUUCCAAUUGUCAAGGGAAAAGAAUCUAUCGAUUCUAUUUUAGAAAAGUUAAGCGAAAAUUCCUUGGGGGUGAAAGAAAACUUUGACAAUUUUUCACGUGUGUCAGUCCGCCGACUUGGCCGGUUACUCCCUGAUGCAAGAUGGGGUUCUCUUCCUUUCAUGGAACCUAAACAGAGUAAAGGACAAAAAGCUGAACUACUGAAGCGAUGCUGCAAGAGGGUGAAAUGUUUUGUUGAUGAGGUUUUCAUAAUAUUACUUCAAGUUCAUAUCUGAAAGAAUCAGAAAACU